CCUUGCGUGAAGAAUUCCGUCCCAUCUCCAGGUCAACAGCCCUUUUCAGCUGUUUUCGACUACGAACCUGCCCGCGGUUUCCUCUUUCACCUUCAAUCUCGCCUUUCUUCAUCAGACUGUGACGGAGGAAAUGGCAACUCCUUGAAAGAUGGACGAAAAAUCGAUUCCCCUUUAUCAUCCCACUGUCCCAAAGAAGGCCACCAGGGGCGAACUCCGCAAAGAACCAUGCGAAGACUGCGCGCACUUCUACAUUGCCAGCGGAGCGCCCUUUCUGGCAUGCCGUGACAAUGCGUCUGCGAGCGUGCGAGGCAAGCGCUAUUACCGUUGCGUCUCGAUGGGGCUCGGAUGUCGGGCGCUGACUCUUGAGGCACAAGCCUGGGUAUACUCGUACGAAGCGUACAAGGACAUUCCCGAACUGGACAUCGCUACGCUUGCGAAGAUGCGGGUAAACGCCAUGGUCGAGCUCAAUAAGCCCCGGCAAUAUGACGAACCGACCAUGAUCUGGGGCGGUGACCCUGAAGAGGAGAUUAGAGCGGCACAUAAGCGCAAUGACCCCUCUGGUCACGCUUGCAGUGUCUUUAAGGUGGAAGUGGAGACCCGAAUUCAGAAUCUGUUGGAGGAGGAAGAGAAGGCCAUCAGUGAUAUUAUCGGGGGCUUUGUGGAUCGUUAUGUUAAGAAGCUGGAGUCGUGGAGUGAGAAAGGAUCUUGCAAGGCCGAGAGCGGAAGAACCUAG